AAGAGCAAAAGAAACCUUACUGAUAGACAGACCUAUAAAUACCACACAAUCCACUCCUCACAAAUCAUAUCUCAUUAUCUUUUUCCUUUCAGUCUACAGAUUCCAUUCACGAGUCUACAGAGAAACACACCAGGACCAAUCACCAUCAACCAUGUUUGACUUCAGCCUCCUACUUUCUCCAUUUCUCUUCAUUCUUCCACUACUUUUCUUCUUCUUCUCCUUCAUUCGCACAAAAUCACCUUCAUCUCCUUCCGCCAGUGCCCUCAAAUGUUACCCAAUAAUUGGCUCAUCUCUGGAAAUCUUCGCCAAUCUAAACCGACGUAUCCAGUGGACAUCUGAUCUUAUUAGAGCCUCACCCUCUGCAACUGUAGUCCUCCACCGCUUUCUGGGCACACGUGUUGUCCUCACUGGCAACCCUUCCAAUGUGCAACACAUCCUCAAGACCCACUUCCACAACUACCAUAAAGGCCAGACCUUUGCAAUCAACCUCUCUGAUUUUCUUGGUGGCGGCAUCUUCAAUGCCGACGGCGACAACUGGAAGUUUCAGAGACAGGUCUCCAGCCAUGAAUUCAACACAAAAUCCCUGCGCAAAUUCAUUGAGACUGUCGUCGAUGCUGAGCUCUCCGACCGCCUCAUCCCUAUUUUAAGCACGGCUGCCGCCAACAAUUCGGUUCUGGACUUUCAAGAUAUUCUCCAGAGAUUCGCUUUCGAUAACAUCUGCAAAAUCGCUUUCGGGUACGAUCCAGCUUAUCUAUUGCCAUCUCUCCCACAGGCAAAAUUCGCAGUUGCUUUCGAGGAUGCAGCUCGAAUUAGCAGCGAGAGGUUCUCUUCGAUUGGCCCAAUUGUGUGGAGACUGAAACGGCUUAUGGGAGUAGGGUCGGAGAAGCGUCUGAAGCUUGCAGUCGGUGAGGUGCGUGAGUUCGCAAAAAACAUCAUAAGAGAGAAGAAAGAAGAGCUGAAGCACAAAUCUUCACUCGACUCCACCGACCUCUUAUCACGAUUCUUGAGCUCCGGCCACUCAGAUGAGGACUUUGUCACUGAUAUAGUCAUCAGCUUUAUACUCGCCGGGCGGGACACCACCUCCGCUGCUCUGACAUGGUUCUUCUGGUUACUCUUCAAGAACCCAGAUGUGGAAGAUCAGAUUCUGAAUGAAAUCAAUGAAAAGUCUGAAUUGCCGGUGUUCGAUGAAGUGAAGGACAUGAUCUACACACACGCCUCUCUCUGUGAGAGUAUGCGAUUCUACCCUCCUGUCCCCGCCGACAGCAAAGAGGCGGUGAGCGACGACGUGUUGCCGGACGGCACGGUGGUGAGGAAGGGCAUGAGGGUGACCUAUCAUCCCUACGCAAUGGGAAGGUUGGAGGAGCUGUGGGGGUUGGACUGGCCGGAGUUCCGACCAGAGAGGUGGCUGCAGAGAGACCCAGAUACCGGAAAAUGGAGCUUUGUGGCCAGGGAUCCAUACACCUACCCGGUGUUUCAGGCCGGACCCAGAAUUUGCCUGGGAAAGGAGAUGGCGUUUCUGCAGAUGAAGAGGGUGGUCGCCGGAGUCCUGCGACGAUUCCAGGUGGUGCCAGUGGGGGAGGACGGUGGCGAGCCGGUCUUCACCGCCGACUUAACUGCCAAAAUGAAAGGUGGUUUUCCGGUUAGGAUUGUGGAAAGGGCUUCUAGAGAGUGAGUGAUGUCUAUCUGCCCGUGUCGGUUUAAUAUUAUGAUUUUUCUUUUUACUUAGGUACCAAUAAAGAUGUUGGGGAUUCCGUAUGAAUGCAUUUUCGAAUAGGUUGAAAGAACGCAGGACUUUUGAAAUAUAAUCUUAUUGAAAAAUUACGAUA